GCCCGAUCCGAUUCAGCAUGGUUACAGGACGCUAUUCAAGUUCCAGGUGACGUUAAGAAGUUUCCCAGGAAAGAUAUUAUCGGACAACAUGGGUUCUCGGAUAUUACAUUCACAAUAGCAUGAGCUGACUGAAUACCACCAUGUCUCGAACAGGAAAUAAAGGCAAGGCAACUCGGCCUCUUGGAUCACUCCGACACAAUAUCUCGGCACCAGACAAAAUACUACACAUCCCUCGACUGACAAGCAAGAUAGAUGGGACGUAUCAGGGUAUCCAAGGCAACGCAAUGUCUGUACCCCCGCCAACAUCGCGGGAAUCAACUCAGCGGGAAAGUUCUGGAGAUGCAGACAAGGGGAAGAAUUCUGCCCGAUCUACUGGAUCAUCCAGUGUCAAGUCACAGGACCUUGUGGAUAGAAAGGAACUGAAAGAUGCUUUAGCAAGAGAGAAGGAACUAAAGCUGAUGAUUGCAGACCUAGAAAAAAUCAUUGAGGAGUUACGGGCCCUGCUGGCCUUGCGAGACCAGGAGAUAGCUGAUCUUCAGGACAAGAUCCGGACACAGGGGGAAGAGCACAAGGCUAUCCUGCAAAAAGAGAAAAGUAGACACGCAGACACUCAAGCAUUACUGGAGGAGACUCGCUCAGAAUUGGAGGAUGCACAGGAUCGGGUAGAUGCAAUACGCAGAGACAUGUCCCUCAAACUCAGUGAACAGAAGACAGAGUUGGAGAAAAAAUAUGCAGAGAUGUUGACAGAGAAAGACAAAGAGAUCUCGAUACGUGAUGUCAAACUCAACAGGCUUAAGCAACAGAUGGCUGACACUCUGAAGGGAAACUCCUGGGAACGGCAACAACAGCUGGAGGAGCUGACCAAGGAACUAGCGCGUAUUCAGGACGAGGCCGACCUCCUGAGGAUGAAACUCAAGGCUUAUGCCAAGAACAAGGCGGGUAGCUGCUCUAACUGCCCCGACAUGAUGGCCAAGCUGGACCGUGCCCACCUGAUGGUGAAGGACAGAGAUCACACUGUGAAGGAGCUGAAGGCUGUGUGCAGCAAGAUGGAGAAACAGCUGACUCAGCAGGACCAGCUCCUCAAGUCCUGGGCAGACAGCAAGGGCUAUAAGGUGCCACCUCCAAAAUGACCCACACUGAACUAGUGAUUAUCAACAGGGACUCAUUGCCAGGGUUUGCUGCAUGGCUGACAGCAUGGAGAUAUCUUUUGCCUGUCAGCUUGACCAACUCUGCACCAAAGGGUAUUACUCACAUUGAGAUAUCAUAAAAACAUAAUAUGGACAUAUUAAGACAUGAUAUUUCUUUCAGAAAGAAAGUGACUUUUAUUGAGACAGCUAAGAGGUUCAAUAUUUCUGUCUGUUGUCUAAAUAGAUGAACAGAGGAAUGCAGAGAUUACGUUUUCUGACAUUGGUGCAUCUCAGAUACGUUUAGCAAUGGACAAUCUUUGAUGUCGUUCAUUAUGCAGAUCGCAUGCUAUAUUCUAGCAAGACGUGCCAGCAAAACAUGAUACAUAGAUUUGAAAACGAACAUGCUCAUUCAAGUGAAAAUCCUUUGCUUCCCAGAUUCAUCAGAUGAAAAAUAUUUCUGCCAUUGUUGACUCUUGACAUUGACAGCUCACCACAGCCAAUACAUGUAGGUCACAUCUACUCAUACUACAUACCUCCAGGACAGCACAGGGAAGACUUGCCUCCAAGCAUGGGACCCAUGUGCAGCUCUGUUACACAGACUUUACAUACAUUGGUUCAGUUUGUUUUAUGUUUUCAAGGAUAUUUUUCUGUCUGCUUGAUUCAUCUACUCACUGAUAGUGAAAACUAUUUGUUGAUGAAUAUUUGUUGAGUAAAUCAGUUGAGCAUUACAUUAUAGCACAAUCAUAAUUAUGUUUCAUAUUAUGUUGGAAGUGAAGUUGAAGGUAAUUCUGAGUAAAGUAACAUAACCGAGAUAAGUGGUUUUGAUUUUGUUUGAAUCCCAGAAUUUAUCACAUCUAUGUUGUAUGUAGCUCAUUAAAUUGCAAUUGUUGUAUUAAUAUGUAUGCAGUUUGAACUGCAGACUCAACUUAUUUGUCGAUAUCAUUUUACAUGCCAGUAUUUUCUUUGUGCCACAUGGUGAAAGAACAUUUCAUUGUAAACCACAUAUUUAUAUGAAGAAUGGCUAAUACAGCCAACCUCUCCGCCACAUCCGUUGAAAACUGUGAAAGAUUUUUCAUCCAAACUUGGUUCAUUUAUUACAAUGGGCUGAAGUGGUGCCUAUUGCUAUUGUGGUGGUCGGGGGAAUUAUUCUGUUAUAAUAUUUUAUUGAGAUAAUUUAACAACUGUUUUUUUUCUGUAAAAUAUGUUCAUUUCAGAGACUAGAUGUUAGUCUACCCUCCUCUUUCUCCCCAUAAACAUUCUUUGCCCCUGUAUCCUACCCCUCCCUUUUCUCCACCCAUCCCAUAUUUUAUCUGAGAAUCUGCAAAUGAGGACAAGUCUGGUUCUGGAAACUGGUGUUGGAAAUCACAGAAACCACAUUAUCAUGUAUCUUCCCUCUAGUCUACAAUCUACACAAUGUCAUGUAGCUAAAGCAUGGGAUCAGUAUUCAUGUGAUGUAUUCAGUGUGUGCCUGUUUGUGAAUGUCUUUAGCAUAAGUGACACAAUACAUUACCGGGGUAGUUAAUGAAGGUACUUUUUGAAAAGACAGUCUUUGUAAACCAGGCACUGAGGCAUCGUGAGGCUGUUUUCACACAUCACAUAUCAUCAAAUGUUUACAUCAACAUUGAUGCAUGCAGGAGUGAAUUAAAUGACUCAGAACUUCAAACAUUCCUCAUGCCAAAACAGUUUGAUGUGUUUUCUUUGUCAUUGACAAAAUGUUAUUGAUUGUUGUAUAUACCACCAUACGUUAUACAAUUCAUUGCAAACCAGUGGUAUACUUCCUGUUGUACUUUGUUAUAGUUAUUUUUGUAAAUGUAGUUUCGUUGCUAUAUUUUUAUUGGCCUGGCAAACCUGGAGUAGUAAAUAACAGAAACACAAACACCUGGAAUAUAAUCAAGCACUGCUAACUACAGCUUUCGAUAUUAAAUAGGUGGCUCUUAGUCUGGUAGGCAUAUGAUCUUUGAAGUAAGCUGUGAUAUUAUAAUAAUAAUAAUUUGUACAGCACUCAAAUGUCGUGAAGUGCUCAUUGGCACUUUGAAAUAUACUAGGGUCAUGAUUAGCAAUUGGAUAUGCAUAGCAGGUGGGUUGUGCGGAUUUGAAGGCUGGUAUUUAAUGCUGAGGUUCUGAUAGAAAGAGGAAGGUUGUUCCAAGGCAUAGAUCUGCUGUUGUCCUGAUAGAAAGAGGAAGGUUGUUCCAAGGCAUAGAUCUGCUGUUGUGCUGAUAGAAAGAGCAAGGUUGUUCCAAGGCAUAGAUCUGCUGUUGUGCUGAUAGAAAUAUCUGGAUCCUGGAUUGUUGCAAUUUUGACAAUGUUGUCCUCAGGCUCUCAAUAGUUCCCAUAGUAACCAUAGUCACUAUAGUACCAGUAAGUUGUAAAAACAGUACUAAAUAGUUAUGUUUUAAUCAUGUCUUCUUGAUUUAUCAUAUGGUAAUACAUUUAAUAUAUAACAUAAGUAAUAAUGUUGCAUUAAUGGCUAUUCAUUCAGUCACAGUUACCAUGCAGAGUUGUCUCCUAAGGAGCUCCAGGAUCUGCUGAUGUCGGUUGAAAUCCCAGAUCUGUGUCACUAUGGGUUUUUUUCUCCCAUAUUAAGUUGACGCACAUUGGUUCUGACUGCUUUCCUGUAUUCAGAGUAUCUAACAUUUUCAAAGCUAUCUUUUUCAUCUUAAUGUCCUUAUAAAGAAAGGAGAGAGUCAUUGUGUAUUCUAGUGCACUUGUUCUUAUCUGGUAUAACAUAAGUUCAUCAUUCCCAAUAGAGGUGUAUAGGGAACUCACUUCCAUUGUCAACAGUUUGGCAUAAAAGAAUAACAAAUAAUAACAAACUACUUAAAACAUUUCAACCUCAAUUAUUGAUAAAACUUUUAUGUAUAAGAAAACAUCCAAAUUUAAGUUGCAGUAUGCUAAUAUUUUCAUGCACUUUUGACAGCAGUAGAAACUAAGAGUUUUAGCCAACUAGUCCUUAUAAUGGUAACAUAGCAAAACCCUGAAAAAGGACAAAUUUCUACUUGUCCUUAGGAUACCUUGACUAUUGGGCAGUUUGGCAAGGACUAUAGGACUAGUGCCAGUUUCUAACACUGCUUUAAUAUUUCCCUAAGUUCUAACAUGCAGUGACAUUUAGUUGAUGACAUCACUCAAAACACAAUGCACUGACAUCAUUGUUUAGAACAUUGUGGUCCUACUCGCAUUCCAUCUUCCCGAGGCAAGAAAGUUAGCUGACUAUAAAAGUCAAGUUUCCACCCUUGCCGAACUAGGCUGGUAUUAUGAAGUUAGAUUAUGGCUGGACUAAUGAGUCCAUGCAUAGUCCAAUCAA